AUGUCAUUCAAACUAACUUGGGGACCAUUCGAUGAAGAGUUUUACAACAAUAUCAAGACGGGAUUGACAAAGACCUUGAAUGCAGGUCCACCAAUACCAAACAUAGUCGAUCAAUUGGCGGUACAUGAUUUUCAUUUAGGUGAUAAGCCACCACAAUUAGAAUUAAAACAAGUUGCAGAUGCAUCAAAAGAAAAAUUUAAAUUCAUAUUUCAUGUCAAUUAUAGAGGCAAUGGAUUGUUGGAGCUACGUACCAAGGUGCAAGCCAAUCCAGUCUAUUUGGGUACAUCGAUAGCAUUGACGAGACAUGAGAAACAGUUGUUGCAGCAACUCAAUAUCGGGUCGGCAUCCAACCCACACAUCAUGCCUCUGUCUAUCAUCAUCACCGACAUUGUGUUUGACGGUGAGUUGACUGUAGCACUCGUCAACAACAAGUCGAUCGAGGCGUCGUUUACAACCGACCCUUUGAAACAGGUUAAUAUCAAAACAUCGUUUGACGAGUUCCCAGCCGUCGCCAACUUUAUCAAGUCUCUUGUAGACACUCAACUCCGUAAUUUUAUCAUGAAGGAUUUCCCAACCAUCGUAUCUUCCAUCACUGUACCAUCUCCAUCUUCUCCCAAUUUAACUUCAGCUCAAUCAAUGAAUAGUAUAUCAAUUAAUCAAAAUAAUCAAAAUAAUCAAAAUCAAAAUAAUAAUUUAAAUAAUAGUAGUAAUAAUAUAAAUAGUAAUAAUAAUAAUAGUAAUAAUAGUAGUAGUAGUAAUAAUAAUAGUAGUGGGGCAACAAAUAAUAAUAAUAAUAAUGUGAAUAAUGUGAAUAAUCAACAAUUUUUUAAUCAAACAGGCUUAAGUUUUAAUUUUAAUAAUGGAAAUGCUCCAGAUGAAAAUCAACAUCAACAACAACAACAGCAACAAUUGCAAUACCAACAAACUGCCAAACUCCGACAACAACAAAAGAAAAAGAAUAUUGAACAAGCUGCUUUAUUUAUUAAUUAA